GUCAGAGCGCAGACGGUUUACGUGACCCGGGCGGCGCGCACGCGUUCCUUCUGCUGGUCUCCCGGUUCCGAGCGACGGCUCCCACCUCCCCUUACCCUCCCAGAGACACCCGCUCACAGUCGGUCUCAGUAUGUUCCGAGCUGCGCUCCGGUACAGCGGCAACGGCCUGGUCGCCUGGAGACGGACGGCGGGGGCGGCGGCGGCCCCCGGCCGAGGGCACCCGGCGGCUGCCCUUGCUUUGCGCUGGUAUUCACAUGGCAAACAGGAAACUGAUGAGGAGUUUGAUGCUCGUUGGGUGACGUACUUCAACAAGCCUGACAUUGAUGCCUGGGAACUCAGAAAAGGAAUGAACACCCUCAUUGGAUAUGAUCUUGUACCAGAACCUAAAAUUCUCGAUGCUGCUCUGAGAGCCUGCCGUAGGUUAAAUGAUCUAGCUAGUGCAAUCCGCAUCCUAGAAGCCGUGAAGGACAAAGCUGGCCCUCACAAAGAUAUCUAUCCUUACGUUAUUCAAGAACUCAGGCCCACAUUGACUGAACUGGGUAUUCCAACCCCAGAGGAGAUUGGUUUAAACAAGUUAUAACGUUCUACCUGAUGGUUUUCAGACCUUCGUCCAUUGUGAUUGUACAUGAUGCAAGAUGCAACCUAAAAUAUUACUUUAUUGAGCGUUUAAAGUUUGUUCUGUCACAUGCAUUAUGCCUACCUGUGAACUUAAUUCAAUAAAGAAUGGGAUUAAACACUUA